AUGGAGAAACCUGUAGCGAAACCUAAAUCUAAUUUAAGCUCCUAUUGCCCAUCUAAAACAAUUAUAAUAGCAAUUGCUAUAAGUAUUAUUAUCAUAUUAGCCAUAAUUAUCCCUAUUUUUAUCGUAUUCGGAAAACCAUAUCAACUUCAGGGAACAAGUUCCGUAACUGAUAGUUACAGCCCAAGCCAAACUACCUCUAACCCAACAACUGCAACAACCACAGUACCUUCAAGUUCUCCUCAAACUUCAUAUAAACCAAUUCUUAGUAUACCUGAUGAGUUAUGGGGGUAUUAUGAAGUCCGUCCUGGUGCUCAUAUGUUUUGGUGGUUUUAUGGCUAUCGUGGUAGUCAAUUACGCUCCCAGAUGCCACUAAUAUUGUGGAUGAGUGGUGGACCAGGCUAUUCAUCUGUAGGUAAAGGAAAUUUUGGUCAGGUAGGGCCAAUUCAGUUGGAUCUAAAACCCCGAAACAAGACGUUGAUUAAACGUGCUAACGUGCUAUUUAUUGAUUAUCCAGUUGGUACAGGAUUCAGUUACGUCGAUAAAAUGUCUGCAUAUAGUCGUUCUGACAAUGAGGUUGCCCAAGAUUUAUAUCGUACAUUUGCGCAUGUUUUACAUUUGCUGCCUUCUUUACAAUUAUUGCCAUUUCAUCUUGUUGCAGAAUCAUAUGGUGGCAAGAUAGGUUCAAUGUUUGGUAAUUUAUUAUUACAGGCUAAAAAAGAGGGUCGAAUUCAAUGCAACUUUAUUAGUUGCAUCCUAAGUAGUCCAUUGCUUUCUACAGCCGAUACCAUCGAAUUUGCAGGACCUUACCUAAAUGCGUUCUCACUUAUUGACGCUAUGCAAUCGCAACAACUACUGAAUCAGGCGAACAGCAUAAAACAAUAUCUUCAGCAGAAACGAGGCAUUGAUGCAACAGCGGUUUUAGAGCAAUCAUUAGAACGUAUGGUUAACAUUAGUAGCAAAGCUAAUCUUCAUAAUGUAAUUAACUACUUAUCCGAGAAUCCUUUUACUACCUUAGUAAAGCGCAAUUACACCGACAUACAAAGCUUACAAAAUAAUCCUACCAUAGCUCCAACAGCCGCCUAUGCAGUUAUGAAUAACCAAAUCCGUCAUAAGCUAGGCAUUGUACCAAGGCAUGUUAAAUUCGCCUCCAGUAACAUUUUAGUUUAUGCUCUAUUAAGAGAAUCAAUCUGUUAUCCAUCUAUUGCUAAUGCAGAAGCAAUUCUAAAUGCAAAUGUCUCUGUUUUAAUUAUCAAUGGUCAAUUUGAUGCUUUCGUUAACGGGAUAAGUUUGCAAAAAACCAUAAAAAAGAUUAAUUGGCCUUACAUGAAAUUAUUUCAAUCGAGCAAAAAGGCUGUGAUGAAAGACGAUGCUGGAAGAAUAGUUGGUUUCAUCAAGAAAUAUCGUAAUCUUUCUUUUAUGACUAUGAUAGACAAAGGUCAUUCACCAAUUCUAUCAGUUCCUGAUUCGUAUAUCGGAAGCGUUCAGAAUUAG